AUGCAAGGACAUUCGCGUCAACCAGAUACCGUUUUCGCGCUUGAAGAAAGCCAGCUCGAAUAUAUUGAGCACGUUUAUGCACCAAGGCGCUACUCAUCUUCAUCCACCUCGUCCUCUGAUUAUUGGGGCUAUACUUCUGCCUCCGAGUCCUCUUCCUACUCAUCUCCUCCCGAUACUUCUCUGGACCAUAUCCCACCAGACUAUGUCUCACGACAGAGGUACCCGUCUUCGCGCACUUGGUCAAACAACUCUGUUGAUCAUAUGGAGUUCUCGUCCCUCCCUCGUACUAUUGAUUCGUACAAUACAUCUUUACGAAGUACGGAAUCUACGGAUCUUCGACAUCAACCUACUUUCAAAGUCGAAGUAAAUAUGUGGUCCACUCCUCAAAUUUCACCGUAUUGGCCAGAGACACGCCUUCCCAGAUCAUCUAUUCCAUCGGGGAACGGCGUGGCCAUGCCCAGCAUCGAUCCUUCUGAAACUAAACCCAAUAUAUAUCUAAACCACCACUAUACGCUACACGGAUCCUGUUCACCCCUAUCUACUGUAUCGACGAUAUCCUCAUCCUCGCCAUCUCCUUCUCCCGUCAUUGACGGUGCUCCCAAACUAGGUCGGAGGCCCAACUCCAAAGCGUCUUCUAAAAUUUGCUACCAUUGUCACGCCACCUCGACGCCCUUGUGGAGGCGUGAGCCCUCGACCCUCCGAACCCUCUGCAAUGCGUGCGGUCUCUAUCUACAGCAGCGGAACAAACUUCGGCCGCAGGAGCUCAUUGAUGCUGAUGCUGAACCUGAAGAUGACAAGUCGGACAUGUCCGACCAGGAUUCUGAGCACCCGGGACCUCAGUGCACCCACUGUCGUACUCGGCAUACUUCGGUUUGGCGAAGGAGUAAGGCGGGUGCUCAGCUCUGUAACGCAUGUGGCGUUUAUGCCAGGCUUCGAGGCAAGGAUCGACCUUUGUCAUUAAAGCGGAAGAAAAUUAAACCUCGCACCAAACAUGCUAAACCUGUGGCAGGGAAGAAUUGA